AUGUUUGCUGCGGAUCAGGAUUAUUACGGCGAGGGGAAGAAUGUGGUUUUAUGUAUGGUGCCCAUGCAUCACGUGAUGGGAUUGGCCGUGAUAACGUACACAUAUAUGCGGAGAGGGAAUACUGUGGUGUCAAUGGUUAGAUUUGAACUGGAGAAAGCUUUGGCAACUAUGGAGAAGUUUAGGGUGACACAUUUGUCUAUUGCUCCACCGGUGAUGGUGGAGCUCGUUAAGUGGCGUCAAGUUGUGGGCCGUUAUGACUUGUCGCCCCUGAAGAGACUCGCUUGUGGUGCCGCUCCUUUGGAAAAAGAUGUGAUGAAGGAGUGUGCUAAGAUUCUACCUCAAAAUAAAAUUGUUCAGGGGUAUGGCUUGACAGAAGCAUGUGGACUUGUUUCCGUAAAAAAUUCAAGGGAAGAAUGGUUCAUUUGUGGUUUAGGUUCAAGUGGAGCACUGCUUUCAAGUGUAGAAUCUAAAAUUGUUAGUUUAGAAACAUCGAAGACCCUACCACCGAAUCAAGUAGGAGAGAUUUGGUUACGAGGACCUACUAUGAUGAAAGGAUAUUUCAAAAACCCAGAAGCAACAAAGCACACGAUUAAUGAUGAGGGAUGGAUGGUUACAGGAGAUCUUGAAUAUUUUGAUGAAAAGGGACAUCAAAAUUAUAAUAUAUUAAUGCCUUGGAAGGCUCUCAUUUAUCACAUUUUAGGAGAUGAGGGAAAUGGAUAUCCAGGUUCUUGUCUCUGUAAUGAGGAUUUUGUGUGCUUGUAG